ACUUCACCCCGUCCUUCCUCGCGUCCGUUGUGCGCGGCCGUAGCGCUCGCAGCAAUCGCGGCCGUCUGCGAUGAGUUUAGUUUUGAAAACAAGGGGCCGCCUGCCGCUCGCCAUAGCACGUCGUCGUCGUCGUCGCGCUCGCUUCGCGUAGACGAGGCGUUCGGUCAGACGCAUCGUGGACGGAUCGACCGUGAGUGGAUUGCCGGGGAUCGUGUCGUGUCGUGUUGUAUAUGUUUAUCGCUCUUCCGUCCUUUCCUGCACACAUACGUACAUAAAUCCGUCCCUCCGUUCACUCACUCACGCUCGUCCGUUCAUUCCUUUUUCUCUCUCUCUCUCUCUCUCUCUCUCUCUCUCUCUCUCUCUCUCUCUCUCUUUCUUUCUUUCUCUCUCUCUCUCUCUCUCUCUCCCUCCCUCCUUAUCCCACUGUGCCCCCUCAUCUGUGUCCCUGUCUCCCUGAUCGCCGCCACCUCCCACACUCCCCGCGUAACCCUUCGUGUCUACGUCGAACGAAACGUGACCGAUACAAAAAAUGGACGCCCUACGGGAGCAGGUGAUGAUCAAUCAGUUCGUGUUGGCCGCGGGAUGCGCCAGGGAGCAGGCGAAGCAAUUGCUACAAGCGGCGCAUUGGCAAUUUGAGACCGCUCUCAGCAUUUUCUUCCAAGAGGCGGCGAUACCUUCGUGCGCGCAAGGAGCCGGCACCCAUUUCGGCCAAAUUACGCCAUGCAACACGCCAGCCACUCCGCCGAAUUUUCCGGACGCUCUGCUGGCAUUUUCGAAAAUGUCAGCCGGUGACAAAACUCCUUCUGGUAUGUCACCGAGCCAGAACGGAUUGCAAACGAACUCGGCGACGUCUGUGGCGGCAGGCAUGCAGCACCAUGCCGCCGCUGGCCGUUGUAGCGUAUCUGGAAACACGCAACAACAAACGACGCAGCCCCAGCAGCAGUUCGGCUUGGGAGAGCCGCAGAGAUAAAAGUGACCUGGUCCUAGUCGGCGAUGCGCGAGCACGAAACCACGUAGUAGACGCGCGCGAUAAUAUUUCCGAGGGGAGAGUCGCGCGUUCCGAUACAGCGAGAUGAAAUACUAAGGAGGAGAGAAACGUACACACACGAAAGAAGGAAGAACGGCUGAAGAGACGGAAGAGGAGGAGACGACGCGCCGAGUCGCAUGACUCGUUCUUUGAGGAGAGACGCGUCGUUUCCCAGAGAAGGAGAGGACGAAAGAAAAAAAAGAGCGUGUCCGCGAAAAGACAUCUCUAUGAAUUGAAGACUACUACGUUAGCCACGCACAAUAAUAACGACGUUUGUAGUGUGCAUGUCCACUAUCUGUGCAUGUAUGUGUGCAUCAUGUAUGUACGAACGCGCGAUAGUAUCCAAGUGUCGAUUUUCUUCUAUGACGAUGACAACGACGACGACGAUGACAAUGAUGAUGAUGAUGAUGAUGAUGCCGCCGCCGCCGCCGCCUGUCGUUCAACGCGAUGACAUAUGUGUCUCGAUCGCUGUUUAUUUCCUCCUCGGCUACCUCGAGAGACAAUACAGAGAAGGACUACGGAUGACACGGACAUCGCAGUGGUUCGCUAUACAUAGUUUAUCCGGUAAAAGCACUUGAGAGGCGAGAGACAGGGGAUGAAGAUCACUUUACAGAAUCGUCGAAAUCUGUUUUGUCCCUCAGUCUCCGUCCUCCGUUUCGGAUUUUCUCGCCUUCUCUCAUUGAAAUGUAGAUCCAAAAAGUCGGUCGAAGAACGAAGACACAUCGAGGUAUCCCUGUGAAAAUGAUUGGCCGUUGAAUAUACGGCUGUUCUAUUCUGCGAUCCGACUUGUAAUCCCUUGUCGCUAUGCUAAACAUACGACUGAUUCUCCAGGAUUUGCUGUGCCACAAACACAUACACGCAUACAUACGCACACACGUAUACAUGUCCUUCGUUUUCGGAUCGAGUGUGACAAACUUUUGCUAUCACUUCCACGCUACAGUACAAAAGAGCUCCGCUACUACGCGAGGCAUGUACACACACGCGCGCGCGCGCGCGCACGUGUGUGUGUGUAUACACGUAUAGUUUUCUUUUAAUUUUCUUAUCUCAUUUUUGGAAAUGAUUGUAGUAUUCUUUUCUCUCGCGGAGGAUGAUAGCAAAGUGCGCUUAUUUUGCACGCAAAAUAUAUCGCAAAUAACCCGCUCUGUUGCUGCUGCAUUACUCGGAAAGAGUAUUCAUUCGCUACCAUAAUGCUUGCUUAGUCUGUUUCAAUUAAUUAUUCAUCUGUUUGCUGUUUACUUAUAUAACAAUGCUCGCGGCAGGUGCAUUAUUAUUGUUGAUACGUUGAACGAAUUUCGUUUUCGUACGUAGAAACGUAUGUAUUUUGAUGGUAUAAAAUAUACGAGGCUAAAUAUAAUUAAACGGAGAUCUUUAUCGUGUAAAAAUUUGUAAAAAGAUUCCCCUUGAAUUAUAUAACGUUUAUCUAAGAGUUUUACAUACUAAUAAUUGAGAUCCGAGAGAUUGCGUGAAUAAAAAAAAAUAAAUGAACAACAGAGAGAAAAAAAAGAAAGAAAGAUGUACUCAUCGAAAAUAAUAUACCCGGUGUCUCUUUCCUCGUUCCCACUAUCGUGACGAAUAGCGAAGACUUCUCAGUUGAAUUAAUGUAUAUUUCAUCGAGACUAGUUGCGAUAAUA